AUGCGACACAAGCCUGACAACAGCAUCAUUUCUUCUUGGAUUCUACAGAAGCGAGCUAGCAAAAUGAAACUGUUGCUGAUCUGUGCCCUCGUCGCCGCCGUUGCCGCGGAUGUCAGCCAUCUGCCCAGCAACCAGUACCUGCCACCUAACCGUGGUGCUGCGAGCGCGCCGGUUGCCUCCUAUGCUGCCCCCAGCUACGAGACAGCUGCAUCUGCUCCAGUCCAGAGCUUUGCCAGCCAAUCGUACUCGGCUCCUGUCCAGUCCUACUCGGCUCCAGCUACCUACACUGCCGCCGCCUCGGCUCCAGUUCAGUCCUACGCAGCUCCUGCCCAGUCGUACUCGGCACCUGCCCAGUCCUACUCGGUCGCCGCCUCUGCUCCAGUUCAGUCCUACGCAGCUCCCGCCCAGUCCUACUCGGCUCCAGCUACCUACACCGCCGCCGCCUCGGCUCCAGUUCAGACUUACGCAGCUCCCGCUCCCAGCUACACGCCCGCCGCCUCGGCUCCAGUCCAGACUUACAGCGCACCCGCUGCCGCUGCCGAGAGCUACGAAACCGCUGCCUCUGAGCCAGCACCAGCUCACAGCUUCUCCUCUGCUGAUGGUUACCGCUACAAGACCCACCGUCGCGUUGUGCUGCGUCGCCACCGUCGUGAUGUGAGCCACCUGCCUUCCAACGACUACUUGCCCCCUGUGCAGGCUGCUGCCUCUGCUCCAUCCAGCGAGUACCUGCCCCCAGCAGCAUCGGCUCCAGCUCCAGUCUACACUGCCGCCGCCUCGGCUCCAGUGCAGUCCUACUCGGCUCCAGUCCAGUCCUACUCGGCUCCCGUCCAGUCCUACUCGGCUCCUGCUCAAUCCUACAGCGCACCCGCUGUCGAGAGCUACGAGACCGCUGCCUCCGAGCCAGCUCCAGCCCACAGCUUCUCCUCGUCUGAUGGCUACCGUUACAAGACCCAACGUCGCGUCAUCCGCCGCCGCAGAUACUAA